GGAGGCAGAGCUGCGGGGAGACGGAGCCUCCAGCGGGUGCUGCCGCGAGUGGCCGGCCGAGGGGGCUGGAAAUGAAAGUAAAGCGCUCCGGAGCCACAUGGACGGAGCUGCCGGGGCGGCGGCGCCGGGAGCAGGAUGCGGCCGCCCGUAAUUAAAUAGCAUUUACUCUUAUUAUUACUAAUAAUAAUAACGUAAUCAUACCUCUAGUCAUAGCAUACCACUUAUCGGGCUCGGCGCAGGCCCGCGGAGAGCGCAGCCCGGCCGAGAGACUGAUGGAGAGGCAGAGACGGAAGGCGGACAUCGAGAAGGGGCUGCAGUUCAUUCAGUCGACACUACCCCUAAAGCAAGAAGAAUAUGAGGCCUUUCUGCUCAAGCUGGUGCAGAACCUGUUCGCUGAAGGCAAUGACCUGUUCCGAGAGAAGGACUACAAGCAGGCCCUGGUGCAGUACAUGGAGGGGCUGAACGUGGCUGACUACGCUGCCUCCGACCAGGUGGCUCUGCCCCAGGAGCUGCUGUGCAAGCUGCAUGUCAACAGGGCUGCCUGCUACUUCACCAUGGGCCUGUAUGAAAAGGCGCUGGAGGACAGCGAGAAGGCGCUGGGCCUGGACGGCGAGAACAUCCGGGCACUGUUCCGCAAGGCACGCGCCCUCAACGAGCUGGGACGCCACAAGGAGGCCUACGAGUGCAGCAGCCGGUGCUCCCUUGCCCUGCCCCACGAUGAAAGUGUAACUCAACUUGGUCAGGAGCUGGCUCAGAAGCUUGGGCUGCGAGUUCGGAAGGCAUAUAAGAGGCCCCAGGAAUUGGAAACCUUUUCUCUGCUCAGUAACGGCACUGCAGCUGGUGUGGCAGAUCAGGGAACUUCCAAUGGAUUGGGGUCUAUAGAUGACAUCGAAACAGAGUGCUAUGUGGACCUGCGAGGCUCCCCGGCCCCCCUCCCCUCUACCCCGACGAUGCCCCUGUUCCCUCAUGUUCUGGACCUGCUGGCCCCCCUGGACAGCAGCAGCAGGGCCCUCCCCAGCACCGAGAGCCUAGACGACUUCUCCGACGGGGACGUCUUUGGUCCAGAGCUGGACACCCUCCUGGACUCACUGUCUCUGGUCCAGGGUGGCCUGCCCGGCAGCAGCGUGCCCAGCGAGUUGCCCCAGCUGAUACCCGUGUUCCCCGGCGGGACCCCGCUGCUGCCACCUGUGGUGGGUGGCUCCAUCCCUGUUUCCAGCCCACUGCCCCCUGCCUCCUUUGGUCUUGUCAUGGACCCCUCCAAGAAGCUGGCUGCCUCUGUGCUGGAUGCCCUCGACCCCCCAGGCUCCGCACUGGACUCCCUGGACCUGCUGCCGUACUCGGAGACCCGGCUGGAUGCCCUUGACAGCUUUGGGUCGUCGACUCGUGGCUCUCUGGACAAGCCCAACUCCUUCAUGGAGGAGACCAACUCACAGGACCAUCGUCCCUCCAGCAGUACUCAGAAACCAGCCUCCUCGCCAGAGCCCUCCAUGCCCAACACCGCCUUGCUGAUCAAGAACCCCUUGGCUGCCACCCACGAGUUCAAGCAGGCCUGCCAGCUGUGCUACCCCAAAACAGGCCCCAGGGCAGGCGACUACACCUACCGUGAGGGCCUUGAGCACAAAUGCAAGCGGGACAUCCUGCUUGGCCGGCUCCGCAGCUCCGAGGACCAGACCUGGAAGCGGAUCCGGCCCCGGCCCACCAAGACCAGCUUCGUGGGCUCCUACUACCUGUGCAAAGACAUGAUUAACAAGCAGGACUGUAAGUACGGGGAUAACUGCACCUUCGCCUACCAUCAGGAGGAGAUCGACGUGUGGACCGAGGAGCGGAAGGGCACCCUCAACCGUGACCUGCUCUUUGACCCGCUGGGGGGCGUCAAGCGUGGCAGCCUCACCAUAGCCAAGCUCCUUAAGGAGCACCAGGGCAUCUUCACUUUCCUCUGUGAGAUCUGCUUUGACAGUAAACCCCGGAUCAUCAGCAAAGGCACCAAGGACUCUCCAUCUGUCUGCUCCAACUUGGCUGCCAAGCACAGCUUCUACAACAACAAGUGCCUGGUGCACAUCGUCCGCUCCACCUCCCUCAAGUACUCCAAGAUCCGCCAGUUUCAGGAGCACUUCCAGUUCGACGUGUGCCGUCACGAGGUGCGCUACGGCUGCCUGCGCGAGGACAGCUGCCACUUCGCGCACAGCUUCAUCGAGCUCAAGGUCUGGCUGCUGCAGCAAUACUCAGGCAUGACCCACGAAGACAUUGUCCAGGAAUCCAAGAAAUACUGGCAGCAGAUGGAGGCCCAUGCAGGGAAGGCCAGCAGCAGCUUGGGUGCCCCGCGGACGCAUGGGCCCAGCACCUUUGACCUGCAGAUGAAGUUUGUGUGCGGCCAGUGCUGGAGGAACGGGCAGGUGGUGGAGCCUGACAAAGACCUCAAGUACUGCAGUGCCAAGGCGCGGCACUGCUGGACCAAGGAGCGGCGGGUCCUUCUGGUGAUGUCCAAGGCCAAGAGGAAAUGGGUGUCAGUGAGGCCACUGCCAUCCAUUCGCAACUUCCCACAGCAAUACGAUCUCUGCAUCCACGCGCAGAACGGCCGCAAGUGCCAGUACGUGGGGAACUGUUCCUUCGCACACAGCCCAGAGGAGAGGGACAUGUGGACGUUCAUGAAGGAGAACAAGAUCCUGGACAUGCAGCAGACCUAUGACAUGUGGCUGAAGAAACACAACCCAGGGAAGCCAGGGGAAGGGACCCCCAUCAGCUCUCGGGAAGGGGAGAAGCAGAUCCAGAUGCCCACGGACUACGCCGACAUCAUGAUGGGCUACCACUGCUGGCUCUGCGGCAAGAACAGCAACAGCAAGAAGCAGUGGCAGCAGCACAUCCAAUCUGAGAAGCACAAGGAGAAGGUCUUCACGUCCGACAGCGACGCGAGCGGCUGGGCCUACCGCUUCCCCAUGGGCGAGUUCCGGCUCUGCGACAGGCUCCAGAAGGGCAAGGCCUGCCCAGACGGGGACAAGUGCCGCUGCGCUCACGGGCAGGAGGAGCUCAGUGAGUGGCUGGACCGGCGCGAGGUGCUGAAGCAGAAGCUGGCCAAGGCCCGCAAGGACAUGCUUCUUUGCCCGCGGGACGACGACUUCGGCAAAUACAACUUCCUGCUGCAAGAGGACAGGAACACCGCUGGUGCCGCCCCAGAAGCCCCUGCUGCUGCCACCGUCACGGGGGAGUAGGGCCAGGUCUUGGCCAUGGGUGAAAUUCCAGGGUCGGGUGGGGGUGGGGACCGAGGGACUGACGGAAGGGCCAGGGCGGGCCAGGGCUGGGGGUGGGGGGCCGCCCUCGUCAGGCAGCCCCCAGCCCCCUGGAGCCCUGUCCAUCCUCUCUGCCCCCACCGCUCCAGUAUGCAUACCCAGGUGCACCAGCUGCAGUCCCAAGCAGUCCCAGGGUCCUCCUCUGGCUGAAACCCUGGGCAGACCCUCCCCCAAUCCCCGCCUUCGGCUCUCCUGGUUGGAGAGGGAGGGGCCUGGCUGACCCCUCCGGCUUCAGCCUACAGCUUUAACUUCUGUCUGCUCCUAAAGGGGGCCCAAAGCUCAGGGCUGCGGGGCGUGGGGUCCCCACUUGAACCUGCAGCAGGAGGGCCUUCUCCCUGUUCCACCCUCACCCUACCCCCACCUCCCUGGGGGCAGAUUAGGACACAGCAGAGGGCAGGAGGCCCCAAUAGCUUUAAAAUGCGCCCCCAGGAUGGAGCUGGAAACAUUGUACUGGUCAAUUCCCCUUUGGGCCUCAAUUUCCCCUCUGGUUGGAAGAGUGGGAGGGGCUGGGCUGGAUCAUCUCUGGAGCUGACUCUGGAGUCUGGCUGUCUCUAGUGAGGCUACCAGCCCAGCCCCUCUCCCUCAUGGGCCACUGAAUGUAGACGGUAGAUCCUCAGAGCCUUUGGUGAUGACCCAGCCCAAACCCCCAUUUUGCAGAUAGGAACACUGAGGCCUAGAAGGGAGGAGUGAUUUGCCCGGGGUUUCCAGCCCAUGGCAUGAGGUAGAGCUGGGAUGCAAAAUGUGGUCAGAAGACUCAAGGCCGGUUAUCGACAGGCGCCUCCGGGCUCUGGGCAGAGAUGUGACAGUCUCUGAAUCCGUGUGCAGCCAGAGUCCCGGGCAGCGCCAACCAGGGGCUGGGGAAGGGAGGCUCAGGGGUUGGUCUUUCAGCACCCUAUUAGGGACAGUCCCCUCCUGAGGAUGGUUGUAGGGAGUAUAGCAGCAAAGGUUACUUCCCCAUGCCUGCUUUGGGCAAGGUGGUAACAGGCAGGGCACCCAUGGGCUCAGGUUCUGCAUGAGGUGCUGGGGGAGGGCAGGGUGGUGGUUGGGGGACAUGGAGAGAAGGGAGACUUGACCCUGGGCACCAUGGGCCAUUCCAGGAUCGGACACAGCCCUUCUUUCCUGGGAACCCAGCAUGGUCCUCUCCCCCUUCUCCCCUAGACCCGGACAUACAAUUAUGACCGUCUGUCCCAGCCCCUCCCUGAUCCCCAGCCCUGCCAGCUGCCUGGGACCCUAGCUGACCCCCAGUCCUUGCCUCCACCCACCAAACCCUCUCUCAUCCCUCUCAUCUGAAGCGUCUGCGUGCACCCCGUCCUCUCCAUCCCACCCGCUGUGGGCAGACCAGCCUCCCCUGGUUCCCUAGACAUUCCAGAAUGCCCCACACCAUUGGCACAAUGGUGGGGACCCCCGGAAGGAACUGGGGACCACGGCUGGAGUCAGGGGAGGGGGUGAGAAUGGAACAGAGAGAAUGGAAUGCCCCUUAUUUCUCCUCCAGCAAGGAUUGAUAGUGUGCGAUGAUGUGAUGACGGGCGCCAGGGCUGCAGGGAACACUGUUCCUCUUGUCGCCACUGCCUGCCCUUUUCCCGAUAAUUGUGGCAUGCAUCUUUUCCUCUCCCUGCCCCCUUCCCCCAGCAGGCCAGCACUGCAGUUUGGGUGCUGGUGGCCUGGCUGGAGGGGAGGAGAGACCACACCCAAGGUGGGGGCUGUGGCCGUGAAUGUUGAUGACACUUGUUUCCCUGAUCCGUGGUGUUGCAGUCUGUCACCAGCCUUGUUUUUAGUGUGUAUAUAUGUCGCCCCCGUGAUGCAUAUAUACACAGGUAUUAAAUAUAUCGCUCUAUAUAAUAUUAUAUAUGUGUGUGGUAUCCGAGGAAUCACUUCUAAUGAGGGCUACAGAUAAAGAAUUUGGCAGGAAAAUGCAGUCAUCCUAGUGUAAUUAGGAGGAAUUUUCAGGGUCAUCAGGCCAUUUGCAAGGAUUCAGAAACUGGAGCCAUGGGUUGGAGGUGAUCUGGGCAGCAGGCGCAGAAGGGGCCCCGCCUGGGCCCAGCUCUGCCUGAUGGGUUCCAGACCACCCCAGCCCAGCGGGGAGAGAGCAGGAGUGCUCAGGGAAGAAAAUGAUCAGUGUUUGUCUCCCACCCAAAGGAAUAGGAUUAGAGUCCAGAUAUUUCUUCUUCAAUGUGUAAUCCGUCCAGGGGCCCUUGGGGUCUGGGGCUCCCUGGCCUGGCCAGGCUGGAUCCCUGGGCUGGGAAGAGACUGAGAAGCAAGGAGUAGGGUGGCAGGGAUAGGAGUAUACUUUGAUGACAAGGGUGAUUAUUUCAGUAGUGACCCUGCCAGGAGGCUCAGAGAAUUGAAUCAGGAGCCUGUCCCCACUGCCAGCAGGCAGGGACAAGACGUCAUGGUGAAUAUGGUGAUGGGCAGCAGGUGCCCCUGAUGUGAAUGUCCCUUUGGGGUGGGGCAAAGAGGGAUGCUGCAUUUCUCAGCUGGGCAGUAAUCAAUUUAAUGGUCCUUUUAAAAUGUCUGUGUAUUAAAAAUUUAAGAAUACCACACUUUAAUAUUAAAUAUGCAUAAGGUCUAGUAUCUUGAUAAUAAUGUAGAUGUUUUAAUAACAAUUUUUGUCCUUCUUAAAAUAAAAUGAAAGAAACUUGCCUCUUUUAGCCUUUGUUCUAGAAAAUAAACGUGUGCACUUUGA